GUGAUUUAAGGACGUGAUGAUCGCCGGGUGAAGAAAAGACUGUCCGGUGUCCUUCUCAGGCAUCGCACAGCCCGUCCCCACUCCAGGCACCGGUCUCCCUGCGCAUGUGCGAUUCAAUGAGCGGCGAUCCGAGUGCUGAUUGGCUGUUGAUAGGCAUGCGCUUCGAGGACAAGCGGUGGUUAGUGCGCAGGCGCGGUGUCGGUCGGCGUGUUGGCUGGGGUUUGUUCGGCCUUCCUCUGAAUGUGGGGCCCUGUGUCCCGUCAGCUGCCGUCUCUGGGGUUCGCUCGGCUCCGGCCGGUGGUCAGCAAUGGGCGGGCCAUUGGAUGUCGCCUGGCCCCGGGCACGGCGUGCGGAGGCCGAGCCCGCUCAGGGCCGGCGGCCGGCCCCGGCCCUUUCCUCAUCACCACCCCCAUUUUCUACGUGAAUGCGGCCCCUCACAUCGGGCACCUGCACUCGGCGGUGCUGGCGGACGCCCUGUAUCGUUUCAAGGUCCUAUCGGGGGCCGAGGCAAAGUUCGCAACAGGGACGGAUGAGCAUGGCCUGAAGAUUCAACAAGCUGCAGAUGCUGCAGCUAAAACCCCAUUGGAUUUCUGUACCAGUGUGUCUGAGGAGUUCAAGAAAUUGUUCCACAAGUCCCUAGUUUCAUAUACAGAUUAUAUUCGAACCACAGAGGAGCAUCACAAAACUGCAGUCCAACAUUUUUGGCGUGCUUUGCGUGAAAAAGGCUACCUCUACCAAGCAACAUAUGAGGGCUGGUAUUCCACUCCAGAUGAGACUUUCUUUUCCGAGUCACAAGUUUCAGAAAGAAAAGAUGCACAUGGAAACAUUAUUAAAGUAUCUUUGGAAAGUGGUCACAAGGUAGAAUGGACUAAAGAAGAAAAUUACAUGUUCAAGCUAUCUGAAUUUAAACCAAAGUUAUUAGAGUGGUUAAAGAAGAAUCCACAAGUAAUACUUCCAGAAAAAUUCUACCACAUCGUUCUCCAUUGGCUGCAGGAAGAAAUUCCAGAUAUAUCAGUGUCAAGGCAAAGGAGCCGUUUGAAGUGGGGCAUUCCAGUUCCUGAAGAUCCAACACAAACAAUUUAUGUAUGGUUAGAUGCUUUAGUUAAUUACUUGACAGUAGCAGGUUAUCCAGAGGAUCAAAAUCUUCCUGCCAUGCAUCAUGUUAUUGGGAAGGAUAUUCUCAAGUUCCAUGCUUUGUAUUGGCCUGCUUUCCUGAUGGCCGCUGGCUUGCAGUUACCAAAACAAAUCUAUGUUCAUUCUCAUUGGACGGUCAAUGGCCAGAAGAUGUCCAAGAGCCUUGGAAAUGUUAUUGAUCCCAUGGAAAGAUUUUCUGUAUACACUGUUGAUGGCUUCAGAUAUUUUUUGCUGCGCCAAGGUGUGCCAGAUGCAGACUGUGACUAUUAUGAUGAUAAAGUGGUGAAAGUUCUAAAUGCAGAGCUUGCAGAUGCUUUAGGAGGUCUCCUUAACCGUUGUACAGGCAAAAGCAUGAAUCCUGAUCAAAUCUACCCGAUGUUUUCAAAUCACUGUCUUCCUGAAAGGCACUUGGAGGACUACAGCUCCUUCAUAGGCAGAGCAACAACUGAAGAUUACAAAAUGAUUCAGUUGGUUGAAGAACUACCUUUGAAUGUUAGAGACUGCUUUGAAAAUCUACAAAUUUAUAAGGCCUUAGAGGCCAUUAAUUUUUGUGUCCGAUUAACAAAUGGCUUUUUCCAUAGACAUGCUCCCUGGAAACUUGACCGUAAAAUUGCUGAGGAUUGUUGCUGGCUGGAGACAGUACUUCACGUCACUUUGGAGUGCCUCCGUGUUUAUGGGAUCUUAUUGCAGCCAGUGAUCCCAACAAUUGCGAAUCAACUGCUUUCACGGUUAGCUAUUGGCCAACAUGAACGAGACUGGGGACAUUUGAAUUUCUUGGCCAGAUACCAUAAUAAUAUUUGCAUUUUUGAAGGAAGAAAAUUAGGGCCUGAUACAGGACUCCUGUUUAACAGACUAGAGAGGACAGAUAAACCGCCAAGCAAAAUUCAAGGCAAUCGGAAGAAGAUGAAGGUGCAACAUAUUCCGAAAUAAAUUUGAGGCGUUGUCACUCAGUCCUAUGUAAAUAAUGAAUCCUGAAGAUACUGUGUAUGUAUGUUAAACAGUUAUUAAGUAAUAGUUUAAUAAUUGUAAUGUAAAAUUGUUAGUAUGAGAUGUUUUAACUGCCAAUUAUAAAUGCAUUUUUCCUUUUUUUGUUUUUAGGUAACGACAUCGGCUUUGACCCAAAACAUGGGUUUGUAACUGUACACCACUAGCUGUGUGAAACUGGCCUGGAUUGAUUCAUCUUUAAACUUUUAGGUGUUUUAUUGUCAGUCUGAUACAAUUCCAUUUACAGUGAAUGCACCUUUAAGUCUCUACUGUUCUUACUUUCUAACCAUCCAUAGCAUUCCUUAUUUUUGUGCAGAGUCCAGUAUAUUUCAUAAACCUGAUUUACACUCCUUGGCUAGCAUUUAAGUUUUCGGGCUAAGUUAUUCUCUAUGUAUGGUCUUGUGUCAGAACAAGGCUCCUAUUGUAUAGAAAAAGGCUCCUAGUCUAUUUUUCUUCCCCUCUUGCUUUCUUCAGUAUUGUCUAGCACAUGCAGGGCAUUAUUCAAACAGAGCUGGUUGAAGUUGUGUUUGAGAAUCCCAUAAAGAAAUCCUCUGCUUGUUGUAUCCUCUUCCUGUAGAUGGAGACUUUUGUCCCCCUUCCAGCUAAAUAUCAUUCACAUUGAAAACUAAUUUGCCUCAAAGCUGCAUUCUCCUCCUUGGCAAUGAUACAUCACUGUAAUGCUGCCCUAACUUUGCCAGUUUGAUCAGAGUUACCCUGACACGCUAAACAAAAUGGAAGAAAAUAAACCAGGCAUUCAUUCACAGAAUACACAACAUUAAAUUCCGAAUUUCCUGAUGCAGGGUUUCAACCUGAAACAUCAACAAUUCCUGUUCUCCCACAGAUGCUGUUCGACCUGCUGAGUUCCUCCAGCAGAUUGUUGCUCUAGAUUCCAGCAUCUGUAGUCUCUUGUGUCUCCAUUAAAUUUUGAAUAUACCAUGUAUAUUUAGGGUAUUCUGUAACCAAAAUGUAAAUUGGAGCAGGCUGCAAUUCCUUAAUAGGGAGCACAGUUUAUCUGUGUCACAUCUUUGGCUAAAAGGUGGUAUCUGCUGGUCAUCUUUGUGGUUAGUAUAACAUGGCAGAAGGUCUAUAACUGAAGCCGAUGAGGGAUUGAAAACGUGCUUCCAUUUUGUGAGGUGCUGCAUCAAUAAUGUUUACUAGUUUCAAAUUUGAUACUUAUAUUUUGCACCUACUGCAUUGUAAUAGUUAAAGUUUGAAAGGCAGUAUUGCCGAUAACUUGUAUCAUUUGACCUUUAAGUACUUUUAGUCUGCCCAUCACUGACAUUGAGCCAGGGUCGGGAUUGGAUGUGAACACAAAUAUAAAAUUUAAAUAGUAUUUUAAGCCAUUGCCCACAUAUCAAUUUUAUUUUGGGCUUGAGCAGGCCUUUUAUCCUUUGGUCCUUUCAGUAGCUCUUGCUGUGCAUGGACCAUUUCAGUUCUGUGAAGUUGGAAGUUGGUCUGUCGUGUGACUGCAGUAGUCUCAUUCAUGCCAAGUAAUACAACUAGCUUAUCAAUCAUUAAGAAUAAAUUUUUUAAUUGUAGAUUCAGGUUUUUACUUCUGUAAAUUUGGAUCUGUUAUUUUUCAAAAUUGUUGUUAUAUUUGUGAUAAUAGACCUGUUUGUGUAUUUUAAGGUUUGAGGCCUCUAAAAGACCCUGAUUUAAGAAGAUCUAGAUGUUAGUGUGUUGUAGUUAUCAGUUCCAAUUAUUAAACGUACAAUUUAAUUUAAAAAUGCAAGAGCAGAAAAAUAAACCAUCUGACUAAUGCUCUUAGUUGAAGAUUCUGUUAGAUUGUAUAUGGUAUAUAAUUCCAAUCCCAUAUUUUGCAGUUUGCUUUUCAGAAAUCAAACCUCAUUCUUUUGAUGACUUCAAGUUGACUGUUUACUACUCUAGUCCAUUAGCCAAUAGAUGGAACUGUGAAGAUGUAACUUGAAUUAUGAUUCUUAUCUAUUUCUACCAGGAAAUAAAGAUCAGCUAUGAAUGCAAAGUUCAUUU